AUGCGCUUAUUCUCGUUGAUGAUCGCUGAAAUGUGGAUUGUUUUGGAGGGAGCGGGUUUGUUGGAUCCGCACGCACGAAAUUUCCUGGACACGCCACAUACGGUCGAAUGCGAUGGAAUAAUCUACAAGGACAACAACAACGGGUUGAUGCAAGUCAAAAUGCAAAACAGCCUCUAUCCGGACUCGAUGGUGAACCCGAAAUGUCGUGUCUUCAUCAAGGGAGGAUCAAAGGUCACCAUUACCGGCUUCACGACAGCUCAAUCGUGUACUUCCAACGUGCGUGUGCAAAUGGGCCCCACCAUCGAAUCGGUUAAGGCACAAGGUGAAAAAGAGGGCACCAAGAUUUGCAAAGUGGAUGCUGGAGGAUCGACAUUUGUCAUCACACAUGGACCAUGGGUCGAAGUGACGCUUUACUCAAAGGAACGCAACAUCAUUUCUUUUGAUAUUGAACCC